AUGUCGGAGCGGAUUUUCGUGCACAAGAAUCUGCUCAUAUCGCUGGCUUUUGGACAUACAGUUUACAUUCUUGACAUAAAUAUCUUCCCAUCAAGGAACAUGCACCAUACCAUAUGCUCUGUUAUUGCUGCCGUCCAGCACUAUCUCUACACUUCUCUUUACACUUGGAUGUUGAUUGAAGGAAUAAACCUUUACUUGAAGAUAGUGAAGGUUUUCUCUUUUGGAAAGCCAUAUUGGAUGGGUGGGUUUUCUCCUAAAUAUAUAGGAGUACCAGGGGUCAUUGUUGGCUUCGUGGCAGUAAUCCAACCUUCAACAUAUGACAUGAGUACAAUGUUGUAUAAAGAAAUCAUGUGCGGAACACUGAAACUCACGGGAACAGUGAAUAGAGAAAGGUAUCUUAUUUCACUGAAGUACCAACUAGAAACUAGAUAA